AUGCGCUACAAAUAUUUUCGCUGCAGAUUUUCCGUUCCCAAAACAUUUCUUCUGCUGUGUGUGUCUGUGUAACUUAAUGGCCAGACACAUGAGACCUCCAAAUACAUCUUUGUUUGUCAGAAACAUCUCGGAUGAGUCAAGAAAAUGUAAAAGCAUCCAGUUGUGGAACCGGCCACAAAGAGUAACAAAGACCCGUAUAGAGUAGCUGUAAAGACAAGUCACACAGACCUUCAGGAUCAGAGGGAGGGAAAAGGUUGAAAAGAGAAAAGUAAAGCAUGAAGAGGAAAAGGGAACGGAGACAAAUCUUGGAAAUGGCGGCAAAGAAUUGGGAAAAGAAAAGAGGUUUAAGAGGAAAAGGCAAGCAGGAAACCCAAGUCUCUGUGGGAGUCGAUAAAAGAGUGUAAAGAUCAAGAUGAAGUUCAAAGUCAAGCAUGGGCAAAGCAUAUUCGAGGAUGUGCGCGAUGCAGAGGAUGCUCUUCACAGCCUGGACAGGAAGUGGGUCUGUGGCCGGCAGAUUGAAAUCCAGUUUGCCCAGGGUGACAGAAAGACACCGAAUCAGAUGAAAACAAAGGAAAGGCGUUCUCCAAGCAGAUCCUCUCGAUACGAUGACCACGAUCGAGAUGGCCGGCGCAGACGUUCCCGCAGCCGCAGCUACGACAGAUACCGAUCACGCAGCCCUUCUUAUGACCGUCAUCGCAGACGAUCUGAGAGUCCUCGAGGCUCUCGUGGACGGAUGUGUGGAAGAGGAAGAAGCAGGAGCCGCGAGGAUGACAGAUACAGGCAGAGGCCUCGGAGAGAGUCCAGAGGGAGAUCCCGAUCACGCUCCAAAUCUGCAUCUCCACGAGAAAACGUCAACCCAGCAUCGACUUCCCAUUACGCCGAGGAAGAGGUGCGACGGACACACUCCCCAUCCCGCUCCAGGUCUCGGUCCGUAUCAAGAUCACGCUCCCGUUCACGUUCUCGGUCCCGAUCCUGGGCUGGUCGCAAGUCCGGAGGUCGCUAGAAAAUUGUCUGAACCCACUCCCCUCGUUCUAUCCGUCAUUUUGUCAGAUGGACCAGAGAUGGUUAUUUGUCAAGAAAAGAUUUGUUUGUUUUGACAUGAAUGUAAUGUCCACUGAACCAUUUGUAGAAAGCUUGUUUUUGCAGCUCCAUUUUAAGAACAAUGCUGGUCCUUCGGUUUUAUAAAAUGUACGAUUUCCAGAUUUGUGUGUUCGGUGGUAGUCGGCCAGGAAUAAUUGUCUUUUUUUAUAUACAGUUACUGAUAGUUUUGUUUUCUAAUCCCUAUGCACCUGUUUUGUUUUUUUUUUGUUUUUUUUUUUUGCAAAAGAAAAAGGAACAUUCAGUAUUUUAAGAGGAACGAACCAAACCAGCGUUUCUGGGUGUUUUUAUGACAACAAAUCACAUACUUUACACAUAACUGCUAUUUUCCAUGGCUGGAAUGUAGAUUUGUCUUGUUUUCUUACCUUCUUUCAGCCACUGGUGUUCAUUUAUUUUACUAUGAGACCAUCAUCAGCGUAUAUUGUCAAAGUUGCAGAGUAAGUUAAAGUGCACCGCAUUACCCUGCAACAAUAACUUGACUGAGACAAAUAAUAGUAGACUUGAUGUUCAAGUUUUAAGUAAUCACAAAUCAAUGAUUUUCAGAAAAUUAGAGUCUGUGGCUUCCUUGAAGAAAGAUAUUUUAUAGUCUGCGUUGGAAAAAUGAUCUGCAGCAGUGUGAAAUAUGAGUAUGGGGGCUAAAAUGCGCAGAAACGCUGCUACGGUUCUUGAAGUGUUAAAAAAUAUGUUGACCAGUGACUUUAACCACAAACGGUUUAAAAUGUACAUGAAUAAGUUUAAAAUUUUGUGGUGUUUUCUGUAAGAUUUCUCCAAAUUUCGGUCCUGAAAGGAGGAACAGAAGUCUCUUAUUGAUGUUUCUGCGACUGUGUUGAUGGUUUUUCAGAAUGGAUCUUGUCGCUGCAUGUAUUAUUCUCCUAAUCUUCUAUCUUUAGUAGGAAGAAACUGUUAUUUUGAGUAAUAAACGGAUAACGUUCAGUAUAA